CUAACCUCCAAUUGGUUAUAACCCGCGCUAGUAACGCACGCUUGUCUACAUAACCUUAUCCGAGACGCACCAGUGGGAAACACUCGUCCAAUUGGUCCCCUCUACCGCCGGUAUUACACGACCGAUUUUUACGGGGAUUCCCCUCUUUUAGUCGUGUCACAAUUUUUUUUCACUUUUUUUUUUUUCUCCAAGAAAAUACAGUGGAAUUGGUGGAUAUUAUGUCAGACCUGUUCCCCCACCACUGUCUUCUGCUGUCAUUGGCGUGUGUGGGCACAUUGACACGCUCGUGUAUUAUCAACACGUGAAGAAAACCGGUGUUUACGAUUUUGUGCUGUGAAUGCUGAAUUGAAACGGAGAUUGAGUGACUAGAGUGCGAUUAAUUAUUUUUUUUUUCGACGCGUGUUUAUGACGUGUGCAGCUGUGGAUUUUAAUACUCGGUGAUUGACUUUUUGGUGGGAACUUGGAGGAAUAUUGGAUCUUACCAGUGGUUUUUUUUUCUUAUCAUGAGCGACGGUAUUGUCAGUGCAAUCUCCAUAAGUUUGUUUGGUACUGGUUCCAUGUGUGUUGGAGAGGAGAGGAAGAGACAACACGGCAGUAUGGAGACUGGAUAUUCGAUGCUAACUGGUGAUCUUGACGUCUGCAGGAUGUUUGAUCAGUACACUUAUAAGAGGAGCGACAAUCUCGACUUGUCACUGAGUGUGCCACAACACCAUCAGAACACGUACCACCACGACGGCGGCUACAACAUGGCUGACCAGACGUUUCACACGCCGAGUUUUGGAGACGAGGAUUUUGACAUUCCUGCCAUUCAUCCACAUCAGCAACACCAGCAGCAUCACCAGCAGCAGCAGCAGCAUGAUCCAAUGCGUGGCUACCAGUCACAGAUGAUGCAAGGCGGUGGUAUGCAGCAGUCGCCAGACGCUCUGAGCCUGGACCCGGGUGGAUACCAGCAGCCCCUCUACCUGCAGCAGGAACACACGAUGCAGCCAAUCAACGUCAGUUCAGCGUACACAAGCCCACAGGCGUCGUACACGUCAAUGAGCUCUCCUGGCCACCAGCACAGUGGCCAGCAGCUGCUUUUAUUACAACAACAGCACAAUCAAGCACAGCAACAGCAGCACGCCCAGCAUCAGCAACAGGUACAAAUGCACAUGCAAUAUGUUCACACUCAGCAUCAACAGAUGCAGAAUCAGCAUCAACAGCAGCAGAUGCAGUACAGAAGUCCACCGGGUGGUAGUCCACCAGCUAUACAGCAAAAUCCACCGGCUGAGAACAAUAAUACGACAACGAGUGAGGACAGCGAUGACAGUACACCACAUUCGGCCAUGAUUACUGGAAUGAAACGACCCUCACCCGAGCCCGUAGACACUGUUAAUAAGGCCCAGAAGAAGCCAAAGGCACAGAAGAAAAAGAAGAAGAGGGAUCCAAAUGAACCGCAGAAGCCAGUCUCGGCGUAUGCCCUGUUCUUCCGCGACACCCAAGCGGCUAUCAAAGGACAAAAUCCCAACGCAAGUUUCGGUGAAGUAUCGAAAAUUGUUGCAUCAAUGUGGGACGCACUCGAGACAGAGCACAAAAAUGUUUAUAAGAAGAAGACUGAAGCAGCGAAGAAGGAGUAUCUCAAGGCCCUGGCGGCUUAUCGGGCAUCAGUUGUGAGUAAGAGCGCUGGAGAUGAGCCUCAACCCCAGCAACCCCCACCACCACAGCAACAGCCCCAACAACAACAGCAACAGCAACAGCCCCAGGUCCAGUAUGGAUAUGGUUACGGUGGUAAUCAAGCUGGUAAUGUUGCCUAUCAGGUUUACAGUCCCCAGCCCCAGCCGCCAUCACCUCAACAGCAGGCCCACCAACACCAGCAAAUGGCCAUUAAAAAAUCACCCCAUCAUCUCACUGGAAUGCAGCCCAAUCAUCCACAACAGCAGGGUAUGAUGGGCAAUCCAAUGGCACCACCGCACAUGACACAGCAACAACACAUGCAGCAACAAGUAUCACAGCAACAGUAUAUGCAGCAGGUGCCACAACAACAAGUACAACAAGUACAGAUUCAACAGCAGCAAAUAAUGCACAUGAGUCCUCCACGUGCUGACUCUUUAUCGAGUCCACCACCAGUAACAGGACAGCAAACAGGACUUGGCCAAUCACCACCAUCAAACUCUUGCAUUCGUCAGGGGUGUCCAAAUCCAGCAAUUGCAAAUAGCGAAUGGGAGGAUGAGUAUUGCAGUAAUGAGUGUGUGGUUAGCCACUGCAGGUUUGUGGAUGUCUUCACCACGUGGGUCUCAUCAAAUCAAAAUCCCCAACAGAAUUUUUCAACAGUGAAGUAAACACGAUGAUUAUCUAAGUGUUAAUCACAACAAAUAGGAUGAACCACAGAUAUGUUUUUUUUUCUCUCCUUUCAUGACCCAAGGCCCCUUCAUUCAAGAAUUUAUUGGGGGCCUGUGGGUCGUUGAAGCGUUAAAAUUUAAAGUUAAAAACGUAAAAUAAUGGAAACUUUACACAAUUAUGUACAUAAAGUUCUAGACAAGAGUUGAGUGAGAGUUCUGAUUCGCUGGAGAUGGGACAAUCACGAAUUAUAUGAAAAAAAUUAUAAUAUUAAUAAUAAUAAUAAUAUUAAUAAUGCAACAAUAUAAAUGCCUGGAUGACACGAUGAGACUGUCUGCUAGGAAAUACUGCGAAUCGCAACGAGGCAACAAUUGACUGUGAAUUAACGAAACGAUUUAAUACUGAUUUUUCAUAAACUUUUUUUUUACGUACUUGUGGAACAGCCUUAAACUGGAGUGACCAGAACUCAGCUGAUAAUAAUCUUUGUUUUGUUGAUCAACUUCAAUAAUUUAUUUCAAAGUAAAGUUUCAUACUUCAAUUAAAUCAGUAGAUUUUUCUCUUUUUUUCAUUCAUUUGUAUUAAAUAUAGUUUUAUAAUAACAAAUAUAUUUAUAAAUACGAUCCAUCAUAAGCUGAAUCAAUGUGGAAAAUAGUACAAUGGUAAAAGAAAAACAAAUUAUGGAAUGUUCUUUUUUAAAUGUUUAAACAUAAUCUGUGUUAUUAGUUGGCAGUGCCAUUUGCCAGUUGUUGCAUAACUUCAUUUUCAACAUUCAUUUAGCUAGAUAAUAAUUAAUGAGAGGAGAUACGAGAACAGGUGAAUGAGAGAAAUAAAAGAAGCUACACAUACGUAUAGUUAUAUAUAGUAUCUAGCCUCCCUGUCCCUCCCUCACACCCAUCCACGAGUUUAUAAAUAAAAAAGAAUAUCCAUCUGAGGAAAAUUUACCUGAGACGAUUGACGAUGUUGGGGAGAUAUGAUGUCAUUCUGUUCCCUCGUCCCCACCCUUUUCCCCUCAAUACGUAAUAAUUAUUGGAUAAGGGAAUUAUUAAAAAUCACUGGAUGACGACAGUCCAGGUACCACUGCAUCUGGAUGAAUAAAUAAAUCUGAGAGAUGAUAAACAAUUGAAUUUUAAAUGGUCAGUGGACGAUAUGUGGAUUCAUUAUUUAAUGCUCCAAGGCCACUAGUUGGAAAAUCAUUAUUUUUUUAUUAUGUACGUGCGAUCCAAUUUGUAUCUAUAGUAGAUAUUUUCCUUCUGUUGUUUUUCCUUUUUGUUUAGUUUUUAUGCUAUUUUUUAAUAAACUGAGGAUAUUGGGGUCUGAUUGGCGGGUUGUUUUGAAUUGCUCGGUGAGAUAUUGCGGUUUAAUCGGGAAAAAUUUGUGAGAAUCAUCUCGGAAAAUAAAAUAUUUUUUAAUCGAAUUGUUUAUUUUUUCUAAUCGAGGUGAUCAACCGGUGAAUCGCAGGCGUUUUGGGACUGAAUAUUAAUUGAAUGUGGGACGAUAUUUUUUUUAAAUUGGGUUUUUGCGAUUUUUUUUUUUAACGAAGUGAAAAUUUCCCGCGAAAACUUAACUGCUGGGGGGGAAAUAUUGACCUCAAUCGAAGGGAUGAUUCAAUGGUGAAACGCUGAUCACUUGGGGACAUUCUGUGCAUAUAAUUAUUGAUAUAUUUCUUUUCUGUUCCAGUAAAUACAUUUUUUUUUCACGCUGAUUUUUUUAAAUUCAAAUUUAUGGCGCCAAGGGCACACGCUCUGGGGAAGAAUUCACAUUAAUUUAAUUAUUUGUUUUUUUAUAUUCUUAUGUAAAUACGAAUAUAAAUAUAUUCUAUAGAUUUAUAGGUCUAUAAUAUAUACAUAAUCAGUACUGUAAUAUAUUGAUAACAAUUUGUGGUAUAUUACGAGAAAAUACAAAUUAUAUAUUAUACAUAUAAAUUAGAAUAAAUAUAUUAUUAUUGGUUAUUGAUGAUGCGUAAGAUAUUGAUUAUGAACGUUUGCGAGGUGCGCCAACAAUGGCUGAAUUUUUGGCCCAUUGAUAUGGUAUUUCAUGUGAAUGAAUAAAUUCAAUACAGUGCAGAAUAAAAAAAAACAACAACAUUAAGUCCCUCCCCUCGUUCAUGUACAAUUCCCGAACGAUUAUGAGAUCAUAAUUAUUGUGAAACGCAAUUUUACAAUAUGAUGAAUCGUAAUGUGCGAUGAGAAAACCUAUAGUGAAAAACAGAGAGUUAACGAAAAUGAAGUUAAAGCGUUAGGCGUUAUUAUAGUAUCGUAGACCUUAGCACGACGCAUCAAAUGCUAAUAUAUGAUGGUGAUUUGCAAUGAAUUUAUGUUCAUUAUUAUUGUUUUUUUUUUCUGUACAAAAAGAAUAUCUUAAUUAAAUGACUCAGUCCCAGAA